AUGCCCGGCCGUGCGCUUAUAUGUGUCGACGUCGAUGCGGUCGCCGGUUGGCUGGGCAGUUAUGGUGGUGAGGACUCGCCCGGUGACGUGAGCAGAGGUAUGUGGGCAGGCGAAGUAGGCAUUCCGCGUCUGCUCGCGCUGUUCAAGAAGUUUGGCAUCACGACAACCUGGUAUGUGCCGGGACAUAGCCUGGACACGUUCCCCGAUGAGAUGGCGGCAGUGCGCGACGCUGGACAUGAAAUUGGUCUCCACGGCUACAGCCACGAGAACCCCACUGCUCUGUCUAUUGAGCAGCAGCGUGACAUUCUGGAGCACACGUUCGACCAGGUCACCCAGUUCCUUGGCAAGCCCCCUCAAGGCAGCGUGGCACCAUGGUGGGAGGCCAGCGCUGAGGGCAUCGAUCUCCUUCUCGAGAAAGGUAUCACGUACGAUCACAGCUUCCAGCACCGCGACUCGGAAGCGUACUACCUCCGCUCGGGCGACAGCUGGACCAACAUCGACUACAGCAAGGACGCCAAGAGCUGGAUGGUGCCCGUGCAGCGCGGCACCCCAACUGGACUGGUCGAGAUUGCCGUCAACUGGGAUCUCGAUGACCUUCCUCCCAUGAUGUUUAUGAAGGGCGCCAAGAGCACGCAGGGCUUCGUUGACGCACACGUUAUCGAGCAAAAGUGGAAGGACUGGUUCGAGUACCUCUGGGAGAACGAGAGGGAGAAGGGCUUCAUCAUGCCCAUCACUGUGCACCCUGAUGUGUCUGGUCGUCCUCACGUCCUCAAGAUGCUCGAGCGCUUCAUCACCUGGGUCAACACGCACAAGGGUGUUGAGUGGGUUACGAUGCUGGAGAUUGCGGACGACUUCCGCAAGAACAACCCGGCACCUAAGGAUGCCAAGAUGCCCAAGGGCUUCAAGUAA